AUGAAGCAGCUAUACAUGGUAUCAGAGAGGUGGGCGCCGCCACGGAGAGGGCACGCCAGAGAGCUGGGCGCCGCCACGGAGAGGGCACGCCAGAGAGCUGGGCGCCGCCACGGAGAGGGCACGCCAGAGAGGUGGGCGCCGCCACGGAGAGGGCACGCCAGAGAGGCGGGCGCCGCCACGGAGAGGGCACGCCAGAGAGGCGGGCGCCGCCACGGAGAGGGCACGCCAGAGAGGCGGGCGCCGCCACGGAGAGGGCACGCCAGAGAGGCGGGCGCCGCCACGGAGAGGGCACGCCAGAGAGGUGGGCGCAGCCACGGAGUGGGCACGCCAGAGAGGUGGGCGCACCCACGGAGUGGGCACGCCAGAGAGGUGGGCGCAGCCACUGAGGUAGGUACGGCCACUAGGGUCACGCCAGAAAGGUAG